AUGAUCAUUGGUGCAACCCUCGGAGUUGGUGUCUUCGUGGCCGCCUUGGCCGCCGCGCAGGUACCGACGAGCAGCUUGACUGGUCUAUCGAAGUGCAAGUUCUCCAAUGCGCAGACGUGCUUGACGUCCCCGCAGACCAACCCUUUGGCGGCGGCCUUGGGCCUCGGGACGUUCAAGCGAGGCGCGGGCAUGUGCUCCAUGAUGGGGGUGACUCCCGUCGUCGUGAACUCAGGGUCCACGCAACCUGCAUACUACGUCCCCAUCAGUGGCGAGGAUGCGUACACGACGAGCAACUUGAAAAAUAAGUUUUCCGAAUGGGAUGUGGCCAACCAGGCCGCAUUUCAGCUGGACUGUCCUCUGUUCUACAAGGACCAGAUUUUGGACCAGCAAAAGGACUACUUGUGCUGCACGGAGGACCAGUACCGCACCAUGCAGACGCAGUACCGCAUGAUCGGGGGGCUGUGCGACGUGUCCAAGCAAGUUCUGCAGAACGUCUGGUGCAACUACGCGUGCCACCCCAGCCAGACGCUGUUCAUGGACGUGAACCAGGUCCACUGGUACCCUUCCUCGACCAACGCAUCUCAAUCCUUUCCCGCCAUCGAAGAAGCCACGUACUACGUCGGCGACGACUACGCCCGUGACAUUUACGAAUCCUCCAAGGGCGACCUCAUUGCCAAAGUGCUGUGCUCGCCCCAGGCAGGGUGCAACUCGGGCCUGGGGCUGCUCAAGAAGAUGGGAGAGUACCAGUUUAACGGCAUUGGGUCGCCCAACCAAGUCAACUUUGUCGCUGCGUCGAGUAUGGCCAAGGAGGACAAGUGUUCGUGCGAUGGGAAUUCUCCCAAUGCUAGCUGCAUUUUGCCACUGGAUGGGACGUUGCCCACCUGUGCCGGAGUCUGCGGCAGCGUGUGCGCCGCGUCCCCCACUCCCUUGGCGUAUACCCCUGGGUGCAACCACGCCAAGACUAGCGGCACGACCAAUUCGUCCGCGGCCCCCCCCAUGGACUCGACAUGGGAAUCCUUGUAUGACUACAUGGACGAACCUCUGACAGAUUCAAGCGCGAUCAACAUUGCCAACGUCGUGGGCUGUCUAGUGCUGUGGGCACUUGUCUGCGGUGCCUUGGUCUACGUCUAUCGCAAUAUCCAACCAUCCAAUCCCGUCGAAACUCAAAAUACCAGCUUGAUGGAGUCGCUGGUGAGUCGGGCGAUGGCUUCGUGGGGGUCUUUCGUCGGCCGCCAUCCCAUUCAAGUGCUGGUUGUCAUGUCCGUGGUGGCCGCCGUCGCCUCGUCCGGACUGCACCGCGCGGAGAUCGAAGUGGACCCGAUCAAGCUGUGGGUGGCCGAGUCCAGCACAGCGUUCCAGGAGCGCGACAGGUUUGGCAAGCUAUUUAUGCCAUUCUACCGCACCAGUCAGAUGAUUCUGCGCCCCAAAGAUGGCGGUAGCAUCGCCAGAGGGUUCGUCCUCAAAGAAGCCAUCCACCUCCAGGCCAAAGUGGCGGCACUGCGCGCUGUCGAUGGAAACCAAGAUGUGGGUUUGGACGACAUUUGCUGGCGGGCGACUGGCACGGCGUGCACUGUGAACGCAAUCACACAGUACUUUCAGAACAAUGCGAGCCAUUUCGACGUGUACGACCAGCACGACCUGGCGCUGGGGCACUUUGAAAACUGCUUGUUUACGCCGGCGUAUGCCGAUGUGCAGACGUGUCAAAAGCUCGCGGCCAAGAACGUCGUGCUCCCCCCCACGAUGAGCGAUUGCCCGUGCUUGUCGUCGUACGGCGCGCCCAUGGACAUGUACACGACUGUACUGGGUCAAUUCCCACCCACUGCCCGGGACAAUGUGACACUGUUUAAGCAGAGCAAGGCCAUGCUAAGCACGAUUCUGGCCUACAAUUUCUACGACGAGGCUCUCAACUCCAAGGCCAAGGCGUGGGAGCGUCGGUUUAUUUCGUUUCUUCGGGACGAAAGGCGUGCAAAUGCAGUGUUUACAUUGGACUUUAUGGCCGAAGUGUCGAUUGGGGACGAGAUCGCCGCGGCCUCCAGGGGGGACGUCACCCCCGCCGCCCUCUCGUACGUGCUCAUGAUCGUGUACGUCACUCUGGGCAUCAACCGGUGGAACUGGCGCGACCUGCGGCACUCGUUCUCCCGCGCCAACCUGGUGUUGGGCUUUGUGGGAAUUUUCCUCAUCCUCGUGAGCGUCCUCUCGACGAUUGGGCUUUUUUCCUGGGGCGGGGUCCCCAUCCAGAUUGUCAUCAUGGAGGUGGUGCCGUUCCUCACACUGGCCAUUGGCGUCGACAACAUCUUUCUCCUCGUGCACCAAAUCCACGUCGUCCAAUCAGAUUGUCCCGACCACCUACCGCCGGACGUGCUGCUGUCCGCCGCCUUGGCCAAGAUCGGCCCCAGCAUCGUCCUCGCCAGCGUCUCUGAAGCCACCGCGUUCGUCUUUGGCUGCAUCAGCCCCAUGCCGGCCGUGCUCUGGUUCGCCGCCUUUGCCGCCGCCGCCGUCCUCGUCAACUUUGUCUUCCAAAUGACCAUGUUCAUCGCGUUACUGGCCCUCGAUGCUCGAAACCAACCACACAGUCACCAGCAGCAGCCCCAACUAGCACCACCAUCCUCCUCCUCCUUCCCAUCGGCUCAACAGCCCCCCAUCUGUCCCUUCCACGUCAUGGCAGCCCCUCAACCGACAUUAAACACUGACGAAGAACCCCCGCGGCGCUUGGUUCCCAAUUCUGAUCCAGUUCCACGGUCGUUUGCCGAACGCGCCGUGGAAUUCUAUGCGUCGUGGCUGGCCAAGAUACACGUCAAGCUCUCGGUCGUGACAGUCUUCUUCGUGUGGACGUUUCUGUCCAUCCGAUCUGCCCAGUCUCUGGACCAGGGCUUGAACAACAAGGAUGCGAUGCCAUCGCAGUCGUACAUGGUCUCAUACUUUGACGCCAUCGACGCCGCCUUGGAAACCGGCCCGCCCAUCUUUUACAUUGUCCAAGCCGGCUACAAAGCCAACCCGCCCGCGUUUGACUUCUCCGACCCGACCACAACCGCCCAGUUUUGCAAAUCCAAAGCAUUUUGCGCAGCUCAGUCCAUCCCCAACAUGGUUCAAGCGCUGGGAGAUCGCCCUCAGCUCACUCACAUGGCGCCAGGCGUGUACUACUCGUGGCUAGACGACUUUUGGCCAUUCGCGUCUGCCCAAACUGAGUGCUGUCGGGUGGAUGCCGCCUCCCAGACGUACCUGCCUCUCAAACCCGACAAUACCACGUACAUGGCCAUGCGGAAAGCUAGUCCGUCGUGCCUCCCCGCGACCCUCUCGGCGCCCCCCAUUCCAAAGGACAGCUUUAUGCCCCUUUUCCGCAUGUUUGCUAGUGCCAACGCCGGUCCACUCUGCUCCCACGGCGGCGGCUCCAUCUACCGCGGCCAAUUUAGCAUCGACAACCACCCGAUCCCGAUUUCUCCGACGGAUUUGGCUCUCACGUCGUCGUCUGCUGCUGACUCGGCCGUGUCUGCCGUGUCAUAUAUGGCCAUCUCCACCGCCAAUCCGACCCAAGCCGACUACAUUGCCACGUACAAACAAGCGCGAAAGGCGGCGCAGUUCAUGUCUGAAACCACGGGGGUCCACGUAUGGGUCUAUUCCGUCUUCUUUGUCUACUUUGACCAGUACCUGACCAUUGUGCACGAUACAUUUGUACUCGUCGGCCUCUCCCUCGCCGCUAUAUUUGUGCUGCACGUGCUGUACUUUGGCUCGAUCGUGAUCCCGGUCGUGCUCACAUGUGUGAUUGCCAACAUUUGCAUCACUGUGGUGGGGUGGAUGCAACCACUGGGCAUCCUCCUGAACGGACUCUCGGUGGUGAAUUUAAUCAUCGCCGCAGGCAUUUCGGUCGAGUUUUGCUCCCACUUGGCCCGAUCCUUCUACUUUUCCCAUAGCGACGGCAACACUCGCAUGAAAGCGGCGCUGCGCCACGUGAUGCUGUCGGUGGUGUUUGGCAUUUCCAUCACCAAAGUCGUGGGGCUCAGCGCGCUCACUUUGUGCGACUCGCGCGUGUUCCAGAAGUACUACUUUCGCAUGUACCUGACCAUCAUAGUCAGUGGGCUGGCGCAUGGGUUGGUUCUGCUGCCAGUGCUGCUCAGUCUCGCCCAUGACCUCACGGCCAAGUGGCAGCGAAAACGCGUGUCGAAUUAAUCUAAAAUGGAGUCUAAUUAAUCUAAAAUGGAGUCU